AUGGGCCCGAACCAGCUCGCAGACCCCAGAGAGAAAAUACUCGGCCGCAUGCUGAAGCUCCUCGCCGAUGCAGCCUCUCAGGGAGCCAAGCUAGUCGUCUUCCCCGAGCUAGCAUUCACCACAUUCUUCCCUCGCCACCAGAUUGACGACCCCGUCAAGAAGGCCGAAUUCUUCGAGCCAGAGUCCCACGAUAAUCCUCAUGCCGUGGUAGACUCGCCACGGGUGAAGCCAUUCUUUGAGAAGGCCAAGGAGCUUCGCACAGAUGUAUACGUCGGCUACGCAGAGCGAUGGACGGACGAGGGCGGCAAGGUGACGGAUUAUAACAGCACCAUCUACUACUCUGCAAGCGCGGGUAGAGUGAUAGCCAAGUACCGCAAAGUCCAUCUCCCCGGUACCAAGGAACCCAUCGACGACAAGACGGGCAGGGGCGUGGAGCAGCAGCUCGAGAAGCGCUACUUCACGCCCGGCAACCUCGGUUUCCAGGCAUUCCGCGCGCCUGAUCUCGUCACAGGCACUUUGAAAGCCGGUGGCCCAUUAGUAGCCGGACAGCCGGACGCAAAGGAGUCAGAGGGGAAGGGCGACCCCAUCGUCGGCAUGAUUAUCUGCAACGACCGGCGGUGGACUGAGGCGUGGCGGUCUUACGGCCUCCAGGGUGCAGAGCUCGUCCUCGACGGGUACAACACCACGUCCUACGCGCCGCAGUAUGACGGCACCCCGGAGGAGCAGGAGGCGGAGGCGCUGUUUCACCACCACAUCUCGUGCCAGGGCGGCAGCUACACGAACGCGUGCUUCAGCGUUAACACUGCUAAGUGUGGUGUUGAGGAUGGGGGUGGGCUGAUUGCGGGCACGGUGAUCUAUGAUCCGGAUGGGCAUGUGGUGGCUGAGUCGAAGACAAAGGGGGAUGAACUGGUUGUUGCGACUAUUGACCUGGCUUUGUGUAGGAAGGGGAAGGAGAGGGUGUUUGCGUUCGAGAAGCAUCGGAGGGUAGAGCACUACGGGAGGUUAGUUGGACAGGUCGGUCGAGGAGCCUCCGCUAUUGGAAUAGAGCAAUCGUAG